GCAAAUAUAAAACCAGUAACUUGCAUUGACAGAACAGUGACAAAGCCGAACAUGGGACAGAAAUGAUUUUGGAACGUUUCUUCGGCAUCUUGGGUUUUCUGAUUUUUUAUAAAAAUGUGCCUUGUGCGGGCGAAGAGGAAUACACGUUUGUUAAUAAAGUGCGGUUUCCAUUUUCGCAGUUUUAUGACCCGUUUAUGGGGCUGAUCAUAGCUUUUGAUCUGAAGCUGGUACCAUCGGAAAUCGAUGCAGAUUUUGGAUGGAAUAUGGAAGCAAACUACUUUUUACCUCAAAAUGAGAGUGAAUACACCUUUCCUCCAAUCAUACCAUCAGAAUCGGCAGAAAGGGGCUUCUUUGAGCGAAGCAUGCUUUAUCGGAUGGUGGAAGUAAAAUUGGAACCUUUUAGCAAAAACUAUGGAGGAAAAAACUGCUUUCUAAAAAUAAUUUGCGAACUAUCUUGUUACACAACCAAAGACACCGAUGUUCUGGGAGACAUAUUCCAUAUUUUAUUGAGCCCCAGCUCCUCUGUGAACAAAAACCUUCCCUCCAAGUAUACCAAUGCCGAGGCUUAUGGAAGACGAAACCACCACUGCAAGAAGUAUUUGAAGAAAUGUCCUGUAGAUCUAGUAGCGGUAUUUAGCGUGCUUGGAGAGCUUCUAGACAGUCAAUUUACCUAGGAAAUUGUUAAUUAUUAAUCAGAAAAUAAAAGUCAAUCGCAAAAUAA